AUGUAUUAUUUGGAAACUGGUCUUCCGUCAGUGUUUAUUUCAACACUUAAACUAAAUGUUGACUACAUUGUGAGAGUAUUAAAUAAGGACGAGAAAGAUAAUGGAGUAUGCGAUUCAAACAAAAAAGCUGGUUGUAAAAGAUUGGAACUUGUUAGCUGCAGCAACUAUGUUCUAUUUUUCAAUGAGAACGGAUUUCCCGGAGUUAUUGGGGCUGUUGACUGCACCCAUGUGAGGAUCCAAAAACCAAAUAUUGAAAUCGAAGCAUGCUACCUCAACAGAAAAGGAUACCACUCGAAAAAUGUCCAGUUGGUUUGUGACUUCAACCUGAAAAUUCUUAGUGUGAUAGCAAAGUUUGGAGGAUCCUCACAUGAUUCCUAUAUAUGGGAUGGAUCUCAAGUGAAAUCUUUGCUUGAACGACGCUAUGUAGCUUGUGAUUCGGGGGAACACAGCUCUUGGCUGUUCCGGUGCCUUAAAUUGGGAUUAUGCUAUUCUCCGCCAGCAGCAGGAAGAAUAAUUAAUGCAUGCUGUAUGCUGCAUAACUUCCGAUUAAAGCACGAAAUGCUUCCACCCAUCUACGAGCAGCCACGGUGAUUCUAGACCGCAU